AUAUUUUGUGCUGUUGCCUUUUCUCAAACAGUUAGAUAGAUUCAAAGAGCCUCCAGCAUUUGGACCAAUGUGUGACUUACUGUGGUCAGAUCCCUCAGAAGAUUUUGGAAACGAAAAUUCACAAGAGCAUUUCAGUCACAAUACAGUUAGAGGAUGCUCGUACUUUUAUAGCUAUCCAGCAGUUUGUGAAUUUUUGCAAAACAAUAAUUUGUUGUCAAUCAUUAGAGCACAUGAAGCACAAGAUGCAGGUUAUAGAAUGUACAGGAAAAGUCAAACUACAGGGUUCCCAUCAUUAAUAACAAUUUUUUCAGCACCUAAUUACCUGGAUGUCUACAAUAAUAAAGCUGCUGUAUUAAAAUAUGAAAACAAUGUGAUGAAUAUUCGUCAGUUCAAUUGUUCUCCGCAUCCUUACUGGCUACCAAAUUUUAUGGAUGUUUUCACAUGGUCUUUGCCAUUUGUUGGAGAAAAAGUAACAGAAAUGUUGGUGAAUGUUUUGAGCAUUUGCUCUGAUGAUGAACUGAUGACGGAGGGAGAAGAUCAAUUUGACGGUACAGCUGCCGCACGGAAAGAAAUAAUCAGAAACAAAAUUCGCGCAAUUGGCAAGAUGGCAAGAGUGUUCUCUGUUCUCAGGGAGGAGAGUGAAAGUGUGCUGACACUCAAGGGUUUGACUCCCACUGGCAUGUUACCUAGUGGAGUGUUGGCUGGAGGACGGCAGACCCUGCAAAGUGCCACUGUAGAGGCAAUUGAGGCUGAAAAAGCAAUACGAGGAUUCUCUCCGCAACAUAAAAUCUGCAGUUUUGAAGAAGCAAAAGGUUUGGAUAGGAUCAAUGAGAGAAUGCCACCAAGAAAAGAUGCUCUUCAACAGGAUGGUAUUAAUACUAUAAACACAGCAAAUGCCAAUGGAAACAAUGGAACUGGCAACAACAAUGCACAGUGACCACCUCCGCUUCUGGUUUACUCACUCAUGUCUUGCCUGAGAAUUCCUAGAUUUCUGCUUUUUGAUGUGACGACAGACGGAGCAGCCCGGGGAUCGCUUGAAGUGACUGAACACAGGGUGGAAAACCAUCGGACUUGAUCCCACUGAAGAAAGACGGUCGUGCUUUGGAGACAACAGCCCCCUCUUCACCUGGUGGCCCGACCUGCAGGGAGCGCCUCACCUGUUUCCACACAGUCUGGUCCGUCCCUGGCUGCCGAAGCUUUGGAAGGGAUCUGGGGAAAGCACCGGGCUGUUCUCGCUAAAGCACACGCAGACUGGCAUCUUCCCGUUGUCGCUGUCAACACUUUUAAGUUUACAAAUGGGAUUUGUCUUUCAGUAGAGGUUGUUUGUUUGUUUUUUUAAAAUCAGACUUUCAAAUACAACCCUAAGAGCUAACUAUUUAUUAAUGGACAUCGGUUUCAUGAAAUGUCUUUAAAACGAUAGAUUAGAAUGGUCUUAAAAUAUCUGAGUCUGCAAAAACUGUGUUUUAAAUAGACAGAAAAAAUGCCAAAAAAAAAUAAUCUCAGUUGGUCAUUCUGUAAAAUGCUGACCUCAGGUUUACUCCUUAGAUGUUACUAAUUCUAUAUUGUAUUCACUGUAUUUUUUAGUUACAGCUUAUCAGAAGAUUUCUAUGUAGGAAUGUUUAUUACUUGAACACAGAUUGAAAAAAAAAAAUAUUUAAUUUAGAAACUUUUUUGCCCAGCUUUUUCAAGACUCUUCCCCACCUUGAAUUUUAAAAAAAAAAAAAUUAUUAUAUAUACUAAUUUUAAAAGUAAGAAAAAUACGGAAGUGUUAAUUUUAAGGUACUUUUAAUUGAACUUUGUACAUUGUUUAAGUAAAUUUUGAUUCAUAUCAAGUCUGUAAAGCUUGGCAUUGUAUUUUGUGUAUGCAUGUUUUCAUUUUGCAGAUAUUUAAUAUAUAGACCUAUGAUGUACAUCUAUAGGUUUCCUAGAUGUUAUGGGUACUUUUAGUUUAUUGUGAGUAUUACGGUUGCAUAAAUAGCUGAUAAUCACUGGGCUGAUAGCUGCAAGCUUUUUAUCAUUUUUAAAUCUGUAAAGGAACUGAAGCUGUAUCGGACCUACCUUUCUGUUUAGGCAAAGCAGCGCGUAAGCAAUUGCUCUGUUCAACUGCUAAGGCAUUAGUGGAAGUGUAACCUUGAGACUGCAUGUAUUUUGGUAUCUACGGGACUGCUUGGUUAAAAUAAACAUUGAAGCCCUGUGCUAAUUUGUUCACAAAUAAUGGACUGUACUGAUUGCCACUGUAUUUGUUAUCUAUUUUGACAUUUGCUACAUGUCCUUCUCAUCCCCUGGAACACAACUUGAAACUUAUGUCACUAGCGUUCAUCUCCCUUUUGUUUUUGUUUGCCAUGAAGUACAAUCUGUACAUACCCCUAAGUUGGAAAUUUUAUGCAUGUUCUGAACUAUUCAAGUAUUUUAUAAACAGUAGCACACAAUAAAUUUUGUGCAUGGGCUGCGGCUCCUA